AUGUACGGAUAUUACCCCUUACUUUAUCCCGCAACAUUUAUUUUAGAUAUGAUAUUUGUUGCAAACUCUGUAACCAGGCUUCAAUUGUACAUGAAACAGCUAACUAAUUCUCUGGAUGAGACUACCACACAGAUAGUGACUUCAAUACCUCGCAUACUUCAAGAUGCGUCAGCUCUCCAAAUGGAAGGUGCUCUUCUUCAGCAGAAGCUCUUGAACUUGGAGAGCAAAGUCCAGGGUGUUGAGGAGCAGACUGGACACUCCAUUGAGAGUCUACAGCGGAUUGACCAGCUUAAGAGCCGGUUGGAGAAUGCAGCAUCAGCGUUACGCGAAGCAGACAAAUGGGCAGCAUUGGCAGUUUCCCUGGAAGACAUUUUGGAAGCUGGUGUACCCACACAGACCGACAAGUUGCACGAGCUGGCUGAGCAGGUAGCUGCCAUGACAGGGAGCCUGGAGGUUCUUGGUGACGCGCCAGACUACGAGAACAAGAAACUUCAACUAGAGACGCUAUAUAACAGGCUAGAAGCGGCAGUCAGUCCGCCUUUGAUUGAAGCUCUCACUCAAAUGGACCCGGACAAAACAGCUACUUAUGUAGCGCUAUUCAGCGGUAUGUCCCGUAGCGUGUCUGUGCUUCGCUGCUGGCGACGGGCUGCUGCAGCUCGGCUGGCCGCCGCCUGGAGGAGACUAGAUCAUCACUCUAUAUACGCCUUGACUAGGUUGUUAACUGCCGAUGCUAAUAAACAGGUUGAAUGGUUAACUGAUGUGCUGAAGUCGGAGACUCCUGUUUCAGAAUUGAUCAAACUAUACACCGAUUUAUUGGUCUCCUUGGAACCUUCGCCUAGUAAGGUAGUGUCGGCAAAUCUGAAGCUAUCUUCUUCUCCUGAUGAAGGCCUGGUACUUUUGACAGAUCUAAAAAGAGAUAUAGACGAAUUCGUGGCCUGUAUCAAGAGUAUUAUGGAUGCGCCUAGGCAGAAUAAAGAAACAAUACAAUCAUCAACCCUAAAAGAACUGGGCAAAGCUGCGUAUGCGCCUCUAAGAGAGCUACUACCGCGGUACACUGAACUACAAAGUCAGCUGUUUUUGGCGAACUUGAACGAUCCUAUGUUAAAACAGGACGAUCUUUUAGAACAAUCCAGGGCACUUCUAUCAGUAGCCGAACGAUGCGACUCCUGGAUGGACGCUGCGUACAAUAAAGCAAAGAACAUAGCUGGUACAGCCAUUUACCCUUACUACGCGCCAACUGUUGAGGCGUUCAUAACUUCCUUGUCCUCCCACAUAUCAGCACACAGCCGUCGUAUAGAAACAGAGUUUCUGUCAUCUGUAAAUUCCGGACAUGGCGCUGGAGUACUAUCGAACACCUUCCCAGCCUCGUUAGUCCUGGAAAGUGCUGCUGCUGUACUUCUGGACACUUUGGCUGGACGGCAGAAGGUUGAACAGGUUGAUGAAGAACCCAAAAACCAACCCCCAUUGGAAGAUCUCCCUUCGCUGCUACUGGAGGCCGACGCACGGCAGAGGCUAGCAGCCCUCAGGGCGGAGUCCCAGGCCUGCGUUGCUGGACUGAGAAGGGCGAAAGACCAACUCCGAGGGCUAGCUAGGGCUAUACUGAGGAACCCCGUCGAUGCACAAUUAGAAAAAAUACCUCAAUUGCCGGUGUGGAAUAACAACGACGCCUUGUCAACUGAUUUGCCAGACUUUGCUUUGUCGCCACAGGAAUAUAUUACUGAGAUUGGUCAAUAUUUGAUGACCUUGCCUCAACACUUGGAAAUGCAUUUAUCAGAAAAGCAGGCACCAUGGCAGUUCUUGUCUGAUGUAUGUACUCACACGUGUGAAAUUUACGCAGAGAAAAUAUUGAACAUACGAAAUAUGGACGCUUUGGGCACGAAGCGAUGUCUCACAGAUAUAGUAUACUUGUCAAGCGUGGUAGAAGACCUUGGUAGCAACGUGACACCAGCCCUCAAGAGUUUAGAGAAGUCACUUCGAGCAGCCACUCCUGCGCAGGCUGAAUAGAUUUAUUGUUCUUGGACAUAAUAUAAAAAAAAUACUUUCUUUUAAGCUCUGAGUGGCACUGCAACGACUUGUUCGUCCCGUCACUUGUUAUCAUACAAAAGUGUAAGUCAAGCCUGAACUAGGCCGACCUCU